AUGGUGCCUUCGACCCGACUUCCACUUCGCCAAGUCGGCAAAAAUGGCGCCUUUGCUACGCAGAUUGGCUUUGGGGCAAUGGGGAUGAGCGUGGCCUAUGGUACUGUUUUUCCUACCGAAGAUCGGCUUAUGCUUCUCGAUCGUGCUUGGGAGCUUGGCUGCACGAAUUGGGACACUGCUGCCCUCUACGGUGACUCAGAAGAAGUUAUUGGAGAAUGGUUUAAACGGCAUCCUGAACGUCGCGCCGACAUUUUCCUUGCAACAAAAUUUGGUUUCAAGAAGAACGAUGCUGGGAUAGUAGUUGAUGCAUCCCCCGAACACUGCUUGGAAUCAGCAGAGCAGAGCCUCAAGUGUCUCAACGUCACAUGCAUCGAUUUAUUUUACAUGCAUCGCACCAAUGGAGAAGUUCCUAUAGAGAAAACGGUUGGGGCAAUGAAAAAGUUGCAAGAUGAGGGGAAAGUCAAGUAUCUCGGUCUAUCCGAAGUCUCCUCGAAUACGCUCCGGCGUGCCUAUACAGUCGCUCCUAUAUCAGCUGUCCAAGUAGAAUAUAAUCCUUGGACACUUGAUAUAGAGGGCUCAGCUGGCACCCACUUGUUGCAAACUUGCAAGGAGCUUGGCGUCGCUGUAUUUGCCUACUCACCGCUCGGCCGUGGCCUCUUGACGGGCCGUUUCCGGUCAAUCGACGACUUUGACGAAAAUGACUCGAGAAGAAGAUGUGAGCGUUUUCAAGGUGACAACUUCGUCAAGAAUCUCCAACUGGUGGACAAGUUCAACGAAAUAGCAAAAACAAAGGGAUGUACACCUGCACAACUUGUCCUUGCGUGGCUUUUAGCCCAAUACGAGGCCCUUUUUGUAAUCCCUGGAACUAAAAAUACCGAGUAUCUGGAACAAAAUGUUGGAGCAGCUGAUGUCAAACUGUCGGGAGACGAAGAAAAGGCAAUUAGGAGCUUGGUUGAAGAAGCAGGCGUCCAUGGGGGUCGAAAUCCGUUCGCCGGAUCCUUCCACGAUACUGUGCCACUAGAAUGA